GUUUUGGCUUUGGCCUUCACUUUCGUAAGCAACCCUUUCUCUUUCUUUCCUCCUCUUCUGCAUCGUCACCGUGACUGUGUCGCUCUGGUAGCGGUAUAUCUCAUCGCAAGCUUGAGCACAUCAUCGGAGCACGACUCACGACCCGUCACGACACCCGCCAGGACGCAUCUCUAACGACAACACCUCUCGACCAACUCUUCCUCCCUCGACGACAUCAUCUUCAAUCCCGCUUUUGAGGCACCCAUCCUUCCUUCCGUCCGCAUACGAUUGCAAACACCGUCUGCGCUACACAGCACCUUUACGACUCGCGAGAUGCUCAUUCCUACUUCCGAAGAGACCGAGUACACGCGUCAUGAGGCCCGUGGAAAGCUGUUCAAACUUGUAGACGGGCGCUACGCGGAGCUGUGCGCCGGGACACUGAAGAUAAUGGCGAAUAAGCAGGACAAGACCGCUGGCAGGCUCGUUCUUCGCGAGGCAGGGACCGACAUCGUUAUGAUGGAAAUCCGUGUCGACAUGCUCGGCAAGGCCUGUCUCACUGGCUCCGACGACCGUUGGAUUACGCUCGAGACUGACGACGAUUACUGCGACGAAGAAGAGAGUUGGAUGUUCAAGGUCAUCGGCAUGUCCGGUGCCCAGCGCAUUCUGGACGUCAUCUAUGACUGCGCCGUCGACAGCAUCUACGCGCAAGCCAAGGGCGGCAUCGAUGAGCACACGAUGCCUCAGUUACGCGAAGUCAUCGUCGCAUCGAUGCAAGUAAACCCAAGCCGACAGAACGCGCCGUCACCAGCCAGCGCUCCAGCUACGCCGCCUCGGCAGACAUCGUCGUCCUACCGCGUCAAAAAGGAGCGGUUGAGUACCAGCCCGAGGAAGAGCAGUAGCCCUAGCCCGAAGAAGACGCCCCUUUUCCGACCAAAGGAGGAACUUAUUGUGUGCAGCGCUCGUGGUACGCUACAUCGCUACGAGAACAUGCACGAAAACAACGGCCGGGACACCUUGGGCGUUGUCAAGGUCACCGUCAACAGGCUCGACCCGACGUGCACUGGACGCCUGGUCAUGUACCGUGACCUCGGCCGCACCGUCUUGCUCGACGUCCCGCUAAGGAACAUGUUCAAGUGCGGCUUUGCACACCCUUUCGACUGGCGGUACAUUAGUCUUGCGUUCGCGUCCGAGUUUGGAGAGAAGCAAUAUGUGCUCUUCCAGGCCCUUGACGUCGAGCCUGCGAAGAACCUAGUUGCUGCAAUCAACGAUCCGCACGCCUAUAUGGCCCUAGAAUAUGCCAGCUAGAUGCUGGUAGACUGGCGCGUAUCUAUGCUUCUUGCCCAACACUGCAUCGGACUUGCCAACACACACACAUACUUCUUGCCGCAUUGGACAUUCUACUGUCACAUAUACUAAUCUUGUCAAUAAUUGUUGUCUACUGAUCACAAUAAAGCGGAUGCUACUGAAUGCGAGCGCCGAGCUUUGGCAUAGACUCUGCUCU